AUGGCGUCUCCCUGUUCACGCCAGCUCAUGCGGGCUCCUCUGCGCCCGCGCUUCGCUACCCACACAUGCCCCAAUGCGCGCCUCUCGGUCCCCUCACGCACCUUCUCGUCGACCCGCGCAACAUGUGACAAGCAGAACUUCCACCGCAAAGAGUCGUUCCGGUCCCGGCUCAACGCGGCGCUCAACAAGACCAAGAUCAAGUGGGAGCCCAUCCCGAUAGCCCUGGGCAUUGGCUUCCUCGGCGCAUUCCAGCUGUACCGCAUACAGCGCAGGGAAAAGCACACAGAGGUCGAGAGGCAGAAUGGCGACGAGGGCGCGCCAGACAGCCAGGGCCGGCCCAAGAAGCGCGAGAGGAUACGGCCGAGCGGGCCAUGGACAGUCCAGGUCAUGUCCACGCUGCCGCUCAAGGCUCUCUCGCGCGUCUGGGGGCGCUUCAACGAGAUCGACAUUCCCUACUACCUCCGCGUCCCCGGCUUCAAGCUCUACUCGUGGAUCUUCGGCGUCAAUCUCUCCGAGGUCUCAGAGCCUGAUCUCCAUGUCUACCCCAAUCUCGCCGCCUUCUUCUACCGCACCCUCAAACCCGGCGUCCGCCCUCUAGAUCCCAACCCCAACGCCGUCCUGUCCCCCGCAGACGGCAAGGUCAUCCAAUUCGGCACCAUCGAGCACGGCGAAGUCGAGCAAGUCAAGGGCGUGACAUACAGUCUGGACGCCCUCCUAGGCUCCACCAAGCCAAGUACGCCCGCCCAGAACGUCGCAGGCUCGCAGGUCAUUGCCAGCGAGCACGAAAAGACAGCCAAGGACGAAGAAGACACGGUCCGUGCCGACGAGGAAUUUGCCAACGUGAACGGCAUCUCCUACACUCUCCCCAACCUGUUCUCGGGGCCAUGGCCAAAAGGCGGAAAACCAGCCGAAAUGCCAACCGAUCAAUCUACCGCACCAGCCGCCUCUUCAGAAGCUGAGGUUCGCGCAGAGAUGGCCCUGAGUGAAGCUGAGCGCCCCUGGUGGGCUCCCGCGUCUCAGAAGACACCCACAGCACUCUACUACUGCGUCGUAUACCUCGCACCAGGAGACUACCACCGUUUCCAUUCUCCCGUAUCGUGGGUCGUCGAAUCGCGUCGCCACUUCGCUGGUGAACUGUACAGCGUAUCGCCAUACCUGCAACGCACCAUGCCCGGCCUGUUCACAUUGAACGAGCGCGUCGUGCUACUCGGUCGUUGGCGAUGGGGUUUCUUCUCCUAUACACCUGUCGGCGCAACCAACGUCGGCUCCAUCAAGAUCAACUUCGAUCGCGAACUCCGCACCAACAGCCUCACCACCGAUACUGCCGCCGACCGUGCCGCCGAAGAAGCUGCUGCGCGAGGUGAACCUUACUCGGGAUUCGCCGAGGCCUCUUACACCUCAGCUAGUCGCGUAUUGGGUGGUCACUCUCUCAAGCGCGGUGAAGAGAUGGGUGGUUUCCAGCUGGGAAGCACCAUCGUACUGGUCUUCGAGGCGCCAAAGGGCUUAAGACCCAGUCUUGACGAGGGCUUCACUGGCACGGAGAGGAAAGGCGGGUUCAAGUGGAAUAUUGAACAGGGGAUGAAGGUCAAGGUCGGAGAGGCCUUGGGAUAUGUGGAAGAGGUACAACAAUAG